CUCACCGCACUACACAACUUCCACAGCGAACUAUGUCUUAAGUGGAGUCGCGGGAACAACAUAUUCUCCAUGACGAGCAGAGCUGAACAAGUGCGCAGUCUUCGAACUUCGGGAAGUAUUGGGUUAGCAUAGAGACCCGGCGGCAGAUCAUCACUCCUCACUCACUGUGUGACGCCGGAGUUCUGCUUUCAGCCUGAUACCUCGACCUGGUACGAAAGAUAUUCACCAUCUCAUUAUUGCCUCCAUUUUGCAGCUGAGGCGUACGUUUGUCGUCAGCCAGAUAUCCAAUGGAGAAUAUCACCCGUGCCAUAUCGAAUCUGAAGCUAGAUACUGAGGUUGAGAACUAUCUACACGUCCAAGAACUUGAAGAAAAGAAUUUAUCAAAGAAGGACUUGAAAAGUGUGGCUUGUACUGCCUCCAAGAGUCCCGUUCGCAAUAAAACAUGUAGUGGAUGGACUGGCUCGAAUACCUGGUACAACUAUGAUAUACUCGAUCGAAAAGGGACGACGCUUCUAGCGCUCCAGGUUGCGGAAGAGACCAACUACACCUUCCCUGCCCAUUGGAAGGAUUGUCGUGACCUGCGGGACAUCGCUUACAGGCCUGGGAGGUCCAAAGCUUGCCAUGCAGAAACACAGCUGAUGGCAUAUAUCUACGACAAGCACUACCGAGGACCGACAGCAGUUGAUAAAUCCAUCGACAUUUACAUCUAUCCUCGACCAGUCUGUUACUACUGCCAUGAUUUCGCUAAGCAUCUCUUCCAGACAACAGGACUUCAAUUUGCCUUCUAUCUAAAUGGCCGGAGAGAAAUACCGAAGUGCAAGCAUUGCAUGCAACCAAUUCGAACGGGCUUUUCCUGUCCAAGACUAACUUGUUGCAAGCUAGAACUUCGAAUAUCCCUCAAAUCAUAUACGCGGGCCGCGGUUAACCUCGCUCAAUCUUUAGAAGCUUUCGCGAAGACGUUGAAGAUUGUGGAGGAAGACAUCAUAUCGAAUGUCGAUGACAACCACGCCUUGCGGCAACUGUUACCUGUCUUCGUAGCUCUUGGACCAGAAACUUCGAGAUACCGUCAGGCUGUUGUCGAGUCCGUCAAUGUGAUGGAAUGUGCAACGUACGCGAUGUUGUCGAUAUAGGAUGAUUUUUCUCAUGGCGCUGAAUACAGUUCCAACUAUCCUCUGACAUAGACCUGUCUCUGAAAAGAUAUCAAGUUUCAGAAUCGUAGAUGGUGAAACCCAAUGCCGAGCAGUGAAG